GGAAAAAAGUAAAGUGAAGACAAAGAGGAGUAGAAAGGAAGCGGAAGUUUGGCCCAAGGGCGGCAAAAAGCCCUAACAGCUUCUUCCGGAUCGGAAUUCCCUCCCAUGGACUGGCGAUCACGGAUCCCGACCUGGUCAUCGCGCUCCGCGUCGCCAGAUCGAGCCCGUCGAGCUCCGGAUCGCGCGAUCUCUCUCCGGUUUCGAUCCGUGUAGGCUCGCCGGCGCCUGCUGCUCCCGCUGCUACCCCGCUCGGCUCCGAGGCCUCCAUGCGCUCCCCGCCCUUCGCCGGAAGGAUCUCCGCUGAGCUCGGUGGAUCUGCGUCGCCGUUGCUCGGUUUGGAUCGGCGAUGGGGGUGGGGGGCUGUCGGCAAGUUUCGAGGGUUUGCAACUGUGGAGGAUUAUUCAAACUAUCGACAAAGAUACUGUUUCUGGGCUUUCUGUUUAUUGUAAUAUAUUUGCAAGUGGUUACUGAAGCGAAGCCUGCCAGUCAUAUACCAGAAGCAGCGGUGAUAUCUCCAGCUGCUUCUCCUUCAGAUGGAUGGGAUAAAGCUCAUUCCACGAUCACACUAUCAAAAGAUGAAAUUCCUUUGCCAGCUAGUCUUCCUCUGGUCAACAGAAGGCACAGGAAGUACUCUUUACAGCAGGCUGCAUCUUCGCCAUUGCCAAUCAGAGCUUCACCGAUACAUCGCUCGCUAACCACUGUUGGUGUGCCCGCUUCACGCUUGUCGAGUUUUGUAAGUCCUUCGAUAGAGCAUGACCAACACCCUUCCACAGAGUUUGCUGUUACUCCUUCACUUGUUGGCUAUUCUGAUCCAGCAUAUUCAAACUUAAGCUCGGUUCCUUUUGGAUUAACACAACCACCUUUGUCUCCUCAAACUGAAUGUUGUGAGUCGAACAUGGUGCAGAGACGAGGUACGCAAGAUUGCCAUUGCGUGUACCCAGUGAAAGUUGAGCUCUUCCUACAGAAUGUUUCUCUGAUAUCAAAUUGGAGCAAUGAAUUUCUUCAAGAACUGGCUUAUCAACUUGAACUGCGCAUUGAUCAAUUUGAGAUCGUUAAUUUUUAUGUUGUUGGUGCAUUUGGGUUAAAUAUCACAAUGAACAUAGCCCCACAUACAGGGUUAAGUUUUUCUGCAGAUAAAGUCAUUGCAAUGAAUUCUUCGCUUGCACUGCAUAGGGUCCGCGUCAACCCGGAUCUAGUUGGCGACUACAGGCUUCUCAAUUUGACUUGGUUUAGGCCACUCGCUCCUCCACCUGCACCUUUUCGGGCUAUAUCACCUAUGGCUUCACCACCUGCAGUGCCCUACUUGCCAACAUCUGCACCAAAUUAUGAUUCUGGAGGCCAAAAACAUUUAAGUAUUUUUAUAAUUAUUGGGAUAUGUAUCAGUGUUAUCAUCAUUGUUACUUUGGUCAUGCUAGUAAUCUGUUCCCGCACAUCUAGCAAAGGAAAGGAGGUACCAGCCGAAGAAGCAGUAAAGUCAAGGACUGCAGAUGCAGUUUCUGUAGAAGGGUCUCUUCCUCAUCUCACCAGUACACGGUUCCUUUCGUAUGAGGAGCUCAAAGAGGCUACAAAUAAUUUUGAGCCUGCCAGCAUAGUUGGGGAAGGUGGGUUUGGUCGUGUUUUCAAGGGUGUAUUGAGUGAUGGGACAGCUGUUGCCAUCAAGAAGCUCUCUAGCGGAGGACACCAAGGAGAUAAAGAAUUCCUGGUUGAGGUUGAGAUGCUGAGCAGGCUGCAUCAUAGAAAUCUUGUGAAACUUGUUGGUUACUGUGGCAGCCGUGAUUCGUCACAAAAUCUUCUUUGCUAUGAGCUUGUUCCAAAUGGCAGCUUGGAGUCCUGGCUUCAUGGCCCCCUGGGAGGAAACUGUCCUUUAGAUUGGGACACUAGAAUGAGAAUUGCUCUUGAUGCUGCUAGAGGGUUAGCCUACCUACAUGAGGAUUCUCAACCCUGUGUGAUCCACAGGGAUUUCAAAGCGUCCAAUAUAUUGCUCGAGAACAACUUCCAUGCCAAGGUUUCUGACUUUGGUCUCGCCAAGCAAGCACCUGAAGGCCGUGCAAAUUAUCUUUCCACUCGUGUGAUGGGAACAUUUGGGUAUGUAGCACCUGAGUAUGCGAUGACAGGACACUUGUUAGUAAAGAGUGACGUGUACAGCUAUGGAGUAGUUCUACUUGAACUGCUUACAGGAAGGAGGCCUGUAGAUAUGUCACAACCAUCUGGCCAGGAAAACCUAGUAACCUGGGCCCGGCCAAUUCUUCGUGACAAUAAUAGAUUAGAGGAGCUUGCAGACCCUAGGCUUGCAGGUAAGUACCCAAAGGAUGAUUUUGUCCGAGUUUGCACAAUUGCAGCAGCUUGUGUUGCACAUGAGGCAAAUCAGAGGCCCACGAUGGGCGAAGUGGUGCAGUCGCUUAAAAUGGUACAGCAUGUUGCUGAGUGCCAGGAUCCCCUUCCAACCCCAUCAACCCAUCCCAAGAACAAGCAGUCUUCAACUACCUAUGAAUCAGAUGCCACUUCGUCCAUGUUCUCUUCUGGUCCUUUCUCUGGCCUAAGCAUUUUUGACAAUGACAACAUCUCCAAGGCUGCAGUGUUUUCCGAGGAUCUGCACGAGGGUCGAUGAGGUUGAAGAUCAAGCAAAUCAUGAGAGGGCUGGGAUAAUGGCUGGCUCGUAAUAGAAAUUGAAGAUUUUGUGUAUGUUGUAUAUUUCGAUUAUCAUCAACCUGAAUCUUUGGAGUCCAUAUUUACGAAAAUAUCAACUAGUCUUAUUUUGUUUGUAAUUCAUUAAAUGUCAGUCCUCACAUUUAUUUAAUGAAUUAUUAUUUUUCUUUUUUUUUUU